UGCAAGGAUGCUGCCCAAGGCCACACUUGAGGAGAGAAAGAAGCAGGAAGCGAAGAGGAAAGGGAAACUGAAAACCGUGGCAGGCAAAUUGCUAAAGGCUACAGCUAGUGGUAAAGAGGCAUCGGAAGUGAAGGCUGGUGGUGAGGAUGUGGCAGGGAAUUUGCUGAAGAUGGCAACCAGUAGGAAGGGAGCAGAGGGAGAGACGCCUGCAGAGGAAACAAUCUGUGGAUUCAUUGAGCAAGGAAAAUUUUUUGAAGCUUGUGAUCGUAUUUAUGAUCUGGAGCAUUCUGGAAAUGAUGGUGUGGGAAAGUCUGAAUCACUUUAUACACUACUGGCUGAACAAAUGUGGUCUGUGGUGGGAGAAGUGCUCAGUGGAAAUGGUAGGAUGUUGCUGGAGCCGUUGCAGUCGGUGGGAGAAUCGCUGAAGUGGAAGAAGCAGAAGGAAGCGGAGUGGCUUGGCAGCGUCCAAGAGGUGGAGUCUGUUUCUACUUGGAGUCCAAACUUCUGGAGGAAAGAUCUAGAGGAAAAACUAAUACAGUACAUGACAGCCCAGAUUCCCCUGUUUAUUUCCUCUAGUAACACAGAUGAGACUGCACUAAAACAGCAUCUGAGUCAGCUGGAGACGAGGUUUCUCCCCAGCCUGGAGCACAGAAGCGGUGUCUUCAAGGAAGCAGGACUGCUCAUCACCUACACCCACUGCUGUCAUGCAUCUUUGUCUUCUCACCUUUCCACACUUACUGACAGUAACCAUUUCAGCUUCAGCCAAUGUCUUUUAGUUUAUGAAUGGGGCCUUAAAAUGUACAAAAGUGGCAGAGAGACAUGUCUGAGACUCAGGCAGAAACCCCAGCACAGCCUUUCCCUUGGUGUACAGUGUCUCAUGUGGAUUAUUUUGAAGACUGAGGAAAAGUUACUUGCAGUUGCCCAGAAGGAAGUAGGGAAAGCCCUGAAAGAAGCCUUUGAUAUUGGGAAACCCCCUUGUGCAGAUGCUGCGGUCAUUCAGAUAUUAAGAGAGAAAACGGAGGCUGCCUGGCGUGUCAGUGAGAGCCUGAGUGAGAAGGUGGAAGCUGUGUGCCUGGAGGAGUGCCUGAGGUUCCUGGAGAGCUACGAAAAUGAAGUUAGAAGCUUUCUCCAGCUCGAUGGGCGCUCAGGGAUCUGCAGCAGCUUACGAAUCCUGGAGAACUGCUGCAUUCUCAGGACUAUCUGGCAUAAAUUAACGUACAUUUGCAGUGCCAGCACUGAUCAGGAUGUUAAGGUAAAUGGAUCUCUAGACAGGAUGGAAGAUGAGAUUACAGAGCAUUUUCUGCAGACAGUCACUUCUAAAGUCAAGGGAACACUCAAGGAGCACUUCAAAAAGUGUGGCAGUGGUUUUGACCACAUCCUUGAAUCCUUAAAGCAAAGCUUUUUGGCAUUUGGGAAGAAAAAAACAGACAUGUAUGAGGCCCUUGUCAAGGCUGUCAACACCAUCAUUAUUACAGAAUAUGUGCAGGCCCUCCUGACCACUUCCAGGAAACCAUCUUCUGUGCAGAGGAGGAGGAUUGUCAGCAAGAUAGAAGAAGACCAUAGGAUGCUGCAAACUGUUUUUAAAGAGUGCUUAGGUCCUGCAGCGGGUCCCCUCAAAGAUCCUAUAAAAGCCAUUUUAGAACUUAUUCAAGCUUCUGAUGCUGAGGGUAUGAAAAUAGCCCUUCUGCCCAUUCUCAAAGAAUUUCCUGAUCUAAGGAAGGAACACCUGAGUGCAGUGCUGGACAUCAAAGACUCACUCAGCCGAGAAGACAGAGCUGCUCUCUUGAAGGCAUUUCACGAUAAUUGCAGGGAAUCAGAAACAGAAGCAAACUUGCUUUUUGGAGAUGUAGAAGUAAAACCUAGAAAAUAUGGACUCUGUGGCUGCCUCUGCUGUUAGCAAAGGCCUGCUGUGAGAAACUUAAGGUCUCACUCCCACGUGGCAACAUCUGCAGUCAACAGCUCCUUGAAAGCUUCAGGGACCUGUGCAGCCAGAUGCAUGGACAAGCUUGACAGCUAUGGAAGAAUGGAAGACACAUGCAGAACUUUUGCAGGAGAACCACGUGGCCCAAAUCCUAAUCUUCUAUGCAAAGUCCCAGUGGAAGAUGAAUGGGAUAUGGCAGAAAGACAUUCCUUCAAAAUUUGCUAGAGAUUGCUACUUAGCUGAGUCAUGGUGGUUAUUCCCAGGCUGUGUCAUGGUGGUGUGUAGAAGAGGAGGAAGGUUCCCCAUUACCAAAUUUCUGUCUGUUUCCAUCCCUUCAUGCAAUCUCACACAAAACCAGGGUCUGCUGCACCCCAUGGUGUCCUAGCAGGUGACAUGGCAUCACAAUCUCCCCCAGGGACCCAGAACCCUCUGUUAGGGAAACCUGCCUUACCGCGUGGUGCUGGUAGUGCCUGCAGGUUUGGGCACCCGGAUCCACCCCCCAAAACCUGACCUGUACCAGGAGGAAUGCAGACGGAGUUGCCUCUUCCCUCGCUCCCCGCACACGAAGGCUGUGACCUGCUUUGGUGCUGGCUGUGGGACAAGGAGCUCUCUUCCCCUAUGAGUUUUACAGCUGGCUCUGGAGCAGAAUCUUGCAUUCAUUUUUAUACCUCAGUUACUGGAAAUUUCCUUUUGGAGAGGGAGGGGAAAGCCUCAUGGGAAGCAGGCAGUGAAAGGAGUUGUUUGUCCCAGCCUCCAGGCAAGGUCUGUUCUGUUUUCAGAUGUAAAUAGGCAGUUCCACCGGAAAAACACUGACUUUUCUUCUCAGUUAUCUAUGGACUGGUUGCAACCUCUAAGCUGGAUUUGGUUCAAGGCCCUCCUUCCCUAUUGUGUUAAUAUAGGCCAUUACCGCUCCUCUCUGGCCAUGUAAACAAGCACAAAAGUUCUACUACCUCAGAUGUGCCAGUGGUUUUCUGAGCAGCCAUUCCCCCUUGAAUCUGCUUUCCUAAAAAGAAAAGGGACAAAUUUGUGCAUAACCCAUCAAUGUGUGAGGUGAGGGACAUAAGGCCCUGGGAAAGCACAGGCUGGGGUGGGCGCUGCUGUGCUCUGCAGCACCAUGCCUUUACCCAGGUAUGUGGGUGUCCUGGCUCAGGGGCAGCCUGUUCCCCCAGAGACCUCUGGGCAGAUGGGGCCCUGAGAGCUUGACAGGAGCUGGGGCAAGUUUAUAAAUGUCAUCAGCUUUGCUCCUGGCACAGCACUGAGCAUGGGGUGAGUGGCAGAGAAACAAUAAGGAACAGGCUGCUCCAUCUCCAGGGGAGUCAUCUGUGGGCUUGUGGGGCACCAUGAGACCUCAACACCGUUACACUCCAUCCUUCACAUCAUUAAAGGACAGUGAGUCUUGUGGCCUGCCUGCCCUUCCCGCACAUCUGCUUCAAAGGCCCAGCUCCUGUGUCCCUUGCAUUUUCUAGCUGUCCAUUGCAGCUUCGGUGAGACCUUUACCAGGACGUGGGCAGGCUGGAGGAG